GAAGUUCUCCUCUGUUCAUUGGCGUAUAAAAGGACUGCAGGUUUUUACAAUAAUUCCCCAUCAACUCACUAUCGACUCACUACCAAUCCAUUACCAACUCAUAACCAACCUUUGCCCAUCAAAUCAUCAUGUACUCGAAAUUCAUCAGCAUUGCAUUCGUCGUCGCUGCCACUUUGGCACCCACGGGCGCAGUCGUCGUUCCUAGAGACAACGAUAAGCAUCAGGCUCGUGAUGGCACUCCUGCCAUUACUCCAACCGUAACUCCUACUUACACGUCUACGUCGACUUACACGUCGACGCCUUCGUCAACUUACUCGUCCACGCCUACGUCGACUUACACAUCUUCGUCGACUUAUAAACCCACAUCGACUUAUACGCCUACAUCGACUUAUACGCCUUCGUCGACUUAUACGCCUUCGUCGACUUAUACGCCUUCGUCGACUUAUACGCCUUCGUCGACUUAUACACCUUCGUCGACCUAUACACCUACUUCGACUUAUACACCUUCGUCGACUUAUACACCCCCUAUCACACCUAAGUCCUCUUACACAUCAACAUACAUUACGACUCAGCCGACUGAGUCCGCCAAACCUUACGGACAACCAAAUAAGGCGUCUCCCCAAUCUGUGUCGUGUAACGCCAUCCAGCCUUGGCAGUCCAACCUCGCAUAUAGCGCAGGAGCCCAAGUGAUUUUUAACAACCAGUUGUGGACUGCCAAACAAUGGAGUUAUAACAACAACCCUCAGUCUGCCGCCGGCGAGUGGACUUUGAACGGGGCUUGCAACCCACCGAUUAGCAACAAAGUUGAUUGCACUGGAAUUUCCGCUUGGAACCAGCCUACUGCUUACCCUGGCGGUUCAAAAGUGAUUUUCAAUGGAUCUCUCUGGAUUUCUACCCAGUGGACGCAGAGCAACUCGCCUGGUGAUGCUUCCGGAACUUGGAAGGAUUUGGGCGUUUGCAACUAAUUCAUAGAUUGGACUUUUUGCUUACUUAGAUGAUUUAUUUGAAGGACUUUAUGGACAUUGAUUAACUAGCUUGCUAUGGACGUUAUUAUGGACUUGCCUAGCUCGCUUGUAUCUUUCUAUCAAUCAACGUGUUUGACUCUCUAUUUUCGUGACUUCUUAUGACUUUUUGCCUCCUUUAAAAUCGCUUGAUUGACUUCGGAACAAAUCUCAUCAAGUCUUUUCUACAUAUCCUUGUUCGUACUUACUAGUUCCUCAGGCGUCGAAAUUCAUUGUACACUCAUUUCUAGCGAUUGCAUCCAAAAUCUUAGCUCACUGUAACUAUCUAGUGUAAUAUAAAUCCACAACUGUAUACAAG